UAGAAUGUAGAGUAGAAAUGGCUGUUCGAGUUCGAGCCCCUGUUUUAACAAGUGGAAGGACCUUAAGCAUUAGAGAUCUUAAUGAAGUGACUGUACUACUCGAGAGACAUAAGUACGACAAGACAUCGUAUUAUCAACUUGGUCUACGUCUUCUAUUAUAUGAUAACACACUGAGGAGCAUUGAACAUGAGCACAGAGGACAGGUUGAUCGUUGUUUCACAGAGUGUUUGGCUAAAUGGUUGCGUAAAGCUGAUGGUGUGGAGACUCCAACAAUAGAUACACUGAUAGCUGCUCUUAGAGGAAUAGGAGAGAAUGCUGUAGCUGAUGGUAUUAAUGGAGAAAGACAAAAUCUACCUGCUAUGUCAAGAUAUGAAGCCACACCCCAAAUAUUGUCUACAGCUGAAAGGCAUCCAGCACAGCCAUUGCUUGUUAAUCCAGGUGUUCGUAAUCUUGAGCGCAGAGUUGAUCAAGUUCCUAAUUUGCGAGACAUUGCUAAUGAAUUGCAGAAUAAGUUUGAUUAUCUCGUUCUUGCCGUGAAAAAGUCACUUGAAAGUACAUGUACAUGUAAUUCCAUUGUUGUAGAAGAUGCAAAAAUGUUGAUACGUGGAUGCUUAAGGAGAAAAAUUACUGCCGUUCCUGAGUUGAUGCCCUGCAUUUAUAUUCUUGAGGGGGUUAAUGAUUUAAAAAGCUUUUUUGAUUUUUUAAGCAAUCAUGAUUUCAUUGGCUACCUCAAUUACAAGCUAUUAAAAAAACUAAUUGAACUGGUUAAAGAUGAUAAUGAGAUUAGCAGACGAUUUUUUGAAUAUGAAAAAGAAUACGCUAAAUUAUUGAGUGCAGCUUCCUUUGAAGAUUUGAUACCUUUCUUUGAACAACAAUCUGAUUUAUCUCCUACUGCUCCUCUUGGUUUACCUUAUAUCUGUUUUCGUCUUGGUUCCCCUUGGCUUCAUUCUCGAUUUUAUACCUGGGUCUCAACCUUUGGUGAAUUCUCAUGGUCAUAUUAUGCAAUUCUUAAACAAUUAAGAAAAAAUUGUGUUAUCAUCACUUAUGCUAUACUGCCAUUUGUUCUUGAUGAUGUCAUAAGAGAUCUCAAGGAUCCAGUGAUAUUGAAAAAGCUAGAAGAUAAAGGAAUUACUGUAAUUGAAUUACCACAAGAAGAGGAAGAAGAUUUUGAGGACAUUGAGGAAGAUCCACAGAUUGAAUCCACUGCUAAAGCAGAACCAAGAGCUGGUGCUUCUUCAAUCAUACAGACCACAUCAUCUGAGGGUAACAUUCCCACCACAAGCACUACUACUUUGGUAGGUAUACCACAUUUACAGUUACAGUAAAUUACAAUAAAUUAUGCCGCAUACACAAUGUA